CGCAGUUGAGCAGAUGUCCUGCACACACACGUUCACUCACACACUCACACACACUGAUGGAGACUUCAGCUCUGACCGCGCGUGAAGCGCCGCAGUGUGUCAUCAGAAUUACUAAAACAUGGUCCUGGAAAAGUUGUUACCUGAAAGGAAGUAGUCUAUGAUCACUUGAUAUAAACCAACACCAACUGCAUAGGAGGUGGAACAAUGCCAGUCUCCGUCCUCUCUCCACCAGUUCCACCAAUCACUGCUCUGAACUGCUCCUUGGAUGCAUCGAAUUGCUCCUUCGCUAACCUCUCCACAUUCGCAUAUGGCGACGAGUGCUACGGCAGCCACUCUUUGUUUGUUGUGAUGGCCAUUGCUUAUAGUGCUGUCGUACUUUUGGGUGUCGUCGGCAACCUGGCUCUCAUCCUUGUCAUCGCACGGCAGCGGGAACUUCACAACGUCACAAACGUCCUAAUCGCAAACCUCUCUGUUUCAGACCUGCUGAUGUCCCUAGUCUGUCUGCCGUUCACCUUCAUCUACACCUUCAUGGACCACUGGGUGUUUGGCGCGGUCAUGUGUAAACUCAACAGCCUGAUCCAGUGCUGCUCCGUCUCGGUGUCCAUAUUUUCCUUGGUUUUGAUCGCCAUUGAGAGACACCAGCUCAUCUUACACCCUCGCGGAUGGAGGCCAAGCCUGAACCACGCCUGUCUGGCCAUCAGCCUCACUUGGGCCCUGGCCACCCUCACUGCAACACCCUUUCUGUUGUUCUCCAGGGUGACAGACGCCCCGCUGAAGCAGCUGCCCUCAGUGUUUCAGGAGCAGUACAGGGGAAAGGUGGUGUGUGUGGAGGAGUGGCCCUCCAGAGAAAUCAAGCUCACCUACACCACUGGCAUGCUGGUGCUGCAGUACAUCACUCCUCUCACCUUCAUCUUCAUCUGUUACUUGAAGAUCUACACACGUCUGCAGCGGCGUAAUAACAUGAGGGACAGAUUACGUGAAAACAAAUACCGUAGCAGUGAAACUAAACGGAUUAACAUCAUGCUCUUUUCCAUUGUCGUGGCAUUUGCGGUUUGCUGGCUCCCGUUGAACGUCUUUAACGCUGUCAUCGACUGGAACCAUGAAGUGGCUAUGAACUGUACUCACAAUCUCCUGUUCUCGCUGUGUCACUUGACUGCCAUGUGCUCGGUCUGCAUUAACCCAGUGUUCUACGGGUUCCUAAACCGCAACUUCCAGCGUGACCUCCGGGCCUUCCGACUCUGCAAGAUUGUGUCAGCACGGGAGAAUGAAUAUGACAUGGUUGCAAUGUCUACUAUUCAUACAGAUGUGUCCAAGAUGUCACUGAAAAUUAGUAGCUUAGAUCUCUAGUACAGUUUCGUAUUUGAUACACGUGUCUGUGUUCUGAAAAAUGCAUCUCUUUAGAUUUAGCUCAAAAGUGUGCAUUUACAAUAAGAAUGACUGUU